UUUGGCUUGGAAAUUGAAUGGAGUUCAGGUAUCUCCUGUGACUAAGCUCCUUCAGAUACGUGGCUUCUGUUAGCUGUCCCUGGAGGCUUAAGUCAUGACCUGAGCCCUUACUAGUACAAAUUUCAGGAGACUCCUGAGAUGACUGUGUAGCUUAAAUAAUAGGAACAUUUCAUCUCCGCAGUAGGUUCUGGGAAAACUAUAAUAAUGCAGCAAACACUCAGAGCUCGUGUAUAGGAUUCUGGACCAGCUGUUAUUAGGGCAACACAAGAAGCACUUGAUAUCAGACCAUAAAGACAGUGGAAGUACCUGCACUGUCUCUGGGAAUUCAGUCUAUGUUGUGCUGGCAGUUGCAGGUAACCUCUCACAUACUACUCCUUCAUGCCAGCUUUCUCUUUGGAGUUUAGCAGCCUUUACUUUCUCCAGCUUCUUCAGACUGUGGUUUUCCCUGCAGCCAAAAUGUUUCUCUUCCCUUGUCCUGUAGACAAAAGUGUGUGCAUUUUUGUCACCCUUCCAAUUAUUCUGAGCUCUGUGACAUAAUAGCAUUACCACUACCUUUGCUGUUGUGGAAAAUCUUAGCUCUCCAAAACAAGAAAAUAAAUAAGUAUCUUAGUUUCUGUCCACCCACCAGCUGUUGAUAUUACAUUACAGCAGUCAUCAAUUUAUAAUGUCUUUUGUUCAUCAUCCAAAAAAUGCAUAACAGUUCUGCACCGGAAAGCUGACUGACCUCAUUAAGAUCUCAAAUCUAUUGUGUAAGAGAUUUUGUGAAGUAACUCACAAACUGUAGAGAUUAUCUGAAUCAUUCCAGUACUACAUAAGGGCUUUUUAAAUUCUAAGAUCACUAAACAAGGUGAGGCUGGAUAAGGCCUUGGGCAACCUAAUCUAGCAGUGGUGUCUCUGCUGAUUGCAGGGGAGUUGGACUAGAUGGCCUUCAGAGGUCCCCUCCAACUCUAAGGAUUCGAUGAUUCCUAAACAAAACAGGAGUUGGGAAGGCCAGAAUAUGGGACAGAGAAAGGGACUGAAAUAAUUAAUUCACUUAAAAAAGGCAGCAAAUCAUUGCAACUAGAGUAUGACCUGUCAGCAAGAAGAGCUGGACUGUAUGGUAAGAAUCAGGUUUCUAUGUUUGUGUUCACCCUACCUUUGGUAAGCAUGAAUUUCUUAAAUUCUUUUUUCUUCCUUAAUUUGUUGCAGGCUGUUGUGGCCAGCAGUGUUUGGGAUGUGACUCAGAACAGCAUUCUCUAAUUAAAGCUGGUAGCAUUUGCCAUUAUUAUUAAAAAUUACAACUCUUUACAUGAAGAAAAAAAGGAGAAAGGAACAGAAGUCAGCAAAAGUUCGUUAUAAAUAAUUCCUAGGUCCCCUUAGGAGCUGCCAGUGUUUGAGCUGAUUAAAUAGGAAAUGUCCAUUUAAUCAUUUCUACAGUAUAUCCCACAGCUGGUUCUAUUUUCUGUUGCACCAGGUCCCUUGCGUGCCAAUGCUCAUUGCACAAGACAGAAGUGCAUAGCACCACAUCUGUUACUGUGAAAAUUAUUAAUAAAGAAUAUUUUUCCCCUGCCCACUAUGUUCUUCAUUACCCAUCUCAGGGUGCUUGAAGCACCAUGACAUGACUUAUGAUGUAUGUAUCACAGUACGAUAAGUCAGAUACUGUCAGUGACAAAACCACCACACAUGCUUGUGCAGAGGGAGAAUUUGACUGACAGCAUCAGACAACGCACUGUCAAGUUAGACAAAAUGCAACAUUUGCUAAAGAAUAUGCAGAGUCCAAGCAGCCAGCCCUGUGGGGACAAGCACUGACUCCAGCAGGUCUUUAAUAUGUGGAAUAUUUACUAAUGGACCCAAAUCUCUUCUAAUUAGAGAAGUCUCAGAGCUUAUAACGAGUGCAGUUUACUCACCCAGACAUACUAUCCCAGAAGACAGGAGGGCACACAGCCUCACAAAGUGCUUGCAUAGGAACCUGCUUGCUUUGGGGUCAUUGUGGCUGGUGGGCACUUGCUUCACACUGGCAAGGCUGUUAUCAGCAUGGUCAGACACAAUGUUGUUGUCAAAAUCCCCUGUCACUGCCUCCAUAAGGCUGUCAGCUCAUUUGCCUACACAGGAUAUUCCAAAUGUAGGAGGACAUUGGAUGAGGCACAUAUGUGCAGCAGCUGACAGAGAGAUGUCCUAUUCACAGGAAACAUUUUCUUAGAUCUGAAUAGAGUUUAGGUGAUGAUUCACAGUCACCAUCUUGAGCUUCCUCAGCUGACUAUGUUUUACUGCUGUUUUCCAGAACACUGGCAUUUCUCCCUACAGCAAUGCAAGCAGCCUCUUCUCACUGCUCAUGUGACUGUUGAUGUAUUAGGGUAUCCACCCCCAUUGCAGCCACAGUCUGUAUGGGCUUCAGGGCUUCAGGCCCUGACUUAGCAUUUCUGCUAUAAUGGUGAAGAAUCUUCAGAGCAGUGCAUAUAAGGAGUGUCUGAGGUCAUUUGGCUUGUUCAGCCUAGAGAAGAGGAGGCUGAAGGGAGGCCUUGUGGCAGCUCCUCAUAAGGGGAGAAAAAUGAGCAGCACUGAUCUCUUUGUUAACAGUGACAGGACCCAAGACCUGCAUUGGAGAUCAGGCUGGGUAUUAGGGAAAGGUUCUUCUCCAGAAGGCGGAUGGGCACUGAAGAAGUACCACAGGGCAGUGGUAAUGGCCCUAACUCAGAGUUCAAAAAGAGUUUGGAUAAUGUUCUCAGACACAGAGGCUGAAUUUUGGGUGGACCUGUGCUGAGUGAGGAGUGGGACUCAAUAAUCCUUGUAGGUCUUGUCCAACUCAGGAUAUUCCAUGAUUCUGCAAUUCUAUAUCUUGUUUCUCUUUCCCACCUUCUAGAUUCAGGAGGUCAUUGUGGAAAUGCCACCACCAGCCAAGGUGCCCCUGAAGUAAUCUGACAUUCUGAAACUGCUCCUAUGACAGAUGGCAUGAUCAGAGGGCAUGUGGAGGAGCUGUACCGUGCACAUUCAGCUGUGAAUACCUGGCAAGGACACAACCCCUCAGGAGGAACAGAUGCACCACCUAAUGUUGCAUUUGCACAGGCAGAGGCUAUGUUCAACUGUCAGGAACUCCUGCUUGCUUCGGAGCACAUCCCAUAUAGCUACUGCUGGUUUACAAGCACCUAAGGCACAUGUUUAUCCUCACCACAGCUGUCUUUCUCUGUAGGAUAGUGAGGCAAUUCUGCAAAAUUCCCCCAGCUCAAGGCAACAGACAUUACCUUUGCUACCACCUCCUACCUGCCACUUGAUCAGUCAUCUGAAUGCAGCCUAUGGGCCUUCUCUCUCCUUCCUCCCACCAACAUGAUUAUCUUUUUCUAGAUACUUCAGCUGCAUGCAGUUCCUAGGACAUAUUCCUGUUGACAAAAUCAAAUAUAACUUAUGCAGAUGUUGGUCAAAGUCCUGGAUGACCACUUUGUCAGGUAUUACAAAGCCCCACGGAUGCAUCCUGAAGAGAGGUUAUUUCAUGUCCCAAAAGAUGCGGGAUUGCUUCUUCUUUAUUUUGGCAAAGUAACUUCUAGACAGUUGUGUGAAUGCAGUGGGUUUUAAAGGAUUCAGAAAGCACACCAAUCUCACUGCACAAAUAGGACAUCAGAGUCUAUAUCUUGAGUAGCACAUUAUUUACAGUUUAAUAAAAGAUAUCUCAGAAUAAAGGGAUAUGACUAAAGCAGCAGCAGCAGAAAAUAAUGAAAACUGAAAGAAGCAUCGUUUAAUUGUAAUACAGCCAAGGCUGUGACAGAAAUACAGGCUUUACUUUCAUGCAAAUGGGGGACAGCUAUCUUCUGCAAAGGGAAUCAGAUGAAGUUUCACCUAAGUAAUUCACAACACCUAAAGCAGACCUUGCUCACUGUAACCCAAAAGUGACGGGAAAGGAUGAUGAGGUGCUAAAGCCUGACUGGCUCUGAUCCCUGCUGUUUGCUAGGUCAAUAUAUCGAGUAUCCCUUCCUGAAGGUUUUUUAGGGAGCUGGACAAGUAAUGUUUCUUCUGCCUGCUUGUAUAUUUUGGCUGCUACAGCCCUAGAAUGAAUCUGCCCAGACUGCUGGCCUUAUCUGUUUGUGACACUUCUGGAUUGUUUGCAGAUUUUCAGACUCAGUAAAAGGGAAAACUGAACAUGAAGCCAAAGGAGUGGGGACAUUCCACGGAGAUAGAACAGGCACUGUGCAGAGGAGAAAGAGACCAAGAAGUCCCCCCUUCUUCAGAGGCAAUCACAUGUGUUAAAAGUUCUUAAAACAAAUAGCUUUGUAUAAUUAAUUGCAGUGGAAAAUCAGUCUUUGGAAGAGAAGCGUAAAUAAUUCUGCCAAAACUAAAACCAUCAAAGUCUUCCAAGUUUCCAAAAUACGACAAAAAAUAUCCUUUGGGGUUAGUAAGUUCAGCUGCAAGGCCCUUCCCAGGGCUGCAAUCAUAAACACUGAAAGGCGGAUCUAUUCUAGCAGAGGCUGCUGGGAUCAGAAGCAGCCAGGAAAGACACCACGGCAAACAGCUUUCACUGCACACCCGGCACAGUCCGCAGAGGGGAUGUGAACCAUUACUGGGCAAGGCUGCUAUGGCCCAGAUGCAGCUCAACACCUGGCUGAUCCUGUGCAUGUUCGCUGGAUCCCAGAGGCUGACAGAUGAACAUCCUUACAGCAGAGAUGGUGUCAGCGUCAACCCACCCCGCCGUGGCCCAGAGGAUGCCGACGUCUUGUUAGAGAUGCUCUGGGGAAGGCUGGACAUCGAGGCCAAUGGGACGGUCCAGCUGCGGGAUGAAGAGCUGGCCUCCCUGCGCCCGGCACGGUGGUUCAUGCAGGUCUUGGAGGGUGAAGUUCCCAAGACACCGAUGGAGAUUGAGCAGCAUCUGAGAUAUUACUCACAGACUGAUACCCCUUUGACUCUGACAGAGUUUGACCGUCUGCUUUUCACCAGUGUUUACUGCGCCUAUCAGAUCCGCUCAGUUCAGGGUCUGGAUAAAAAUCUCUGGAUCCGCUUUUUCUCUCAGCUAGUUGAUGAGAUCUUUCGUGACCUGUGCAAGGGGCUCUGCCCUGCAAAUUCCACCCUCCUCCUGGCUUCCUGGCCCUGGAAGGAGAAACCUUCACAUUUAGCAUCGCUGAAACAAUUUUAUCGCUCUAACCUGGCCAGGGCUAAGAGAGACACUUAAUGAGGGAAACUACCAUGGGAAGGUGUGAAUCUGACCUCAGCUGCAAUCUGGGCUGUUUCAAGUGCUGGCAAUCUUUCCACAUCGUUCUGGACCUUGCAGACAUACGCCACAUUAUACACAACAUUUUAUUUUUAGAUAGAACAGGACAUAACUAAAAAUUGCAUCUCACACUUUCCUUUUUUUUUCUUUUGAGUGGGCUGGGCUGAUGUGGGCAGUGCUAUUUAGAAGUGUUAUCCAUCUUGAUUGCUGAUGCUUUCUAGGGAGAUGUCCUGGCAGGUUUUUUCCAGCAUGUUACACUGGUGUCUUAGCAGAAUUUAUCUUGAAUAAUUCAGCUCGGUGUCCUCUAUUCUUUCUGUGGUCUCAGCCAAAUGCAGUCUCUUUUCUCAUCUCCAGUAAUCAGCUAAGCAGAUGCUGCUGUGUUUCGCAAUACAGGUAGUGUGUUUAAUUUCAGCUUUCUGGUUAUGCAGUUCACAUUAUAUGUACCUGAAAUAAUUUUCCAUCUGUAGUGUUUGUUUUUCUUAAAAGAUCGACCUAAAAUGUAUGUAUUCUACAAAGCUUCCUUGUAUUGUAUAUUAUAUUUACAUAUGUGUACUGCUUUGUGUCAGCCAGCAGUUUGGAAUACACUUUUUAUAUCUCAUUUAAAUUCCCAAGGAUAGUGACCUAGUUAUUUCUUCAGCAGAUCUUACCUCUUCUGAAUUUCUUUUUCUUACUGCUAUGGCACUUUACAAGACAAACAUAACAACCACACAGUCUUUAUCCUCAAAAUAAGAAACAUAAUUGUUUUAUAGAAUGAGAUCGUUAACCUUCUCCACCUUACACAACGCUGUGUGGAAUUAAAUAAAUGUGAUUAUCUGCACAAGAA